ACUGUGUGCAGCUCGGAAGCAUCCAAACGUGGAAAAAUCCCUGGUGCGCAGUACUACGAUGGCAAAAAGCUGAACAUUCCAAUAUCCACAGAGGCCGGGAUGCAGCUGUAUGAGCGCUGGGUGCACCAGGGUAUCAGUAGCAUCAUGUCGGCCGUUGCCAAUCAACGGGCCGAAACGCUGAAUGAAUACGAGCGUAGUCGUCUGUACCGGUGCUCGAAGGCGGCCGAGGAUAUCCAUCAGCACGCCAGAUGCGUUAUCCGAGUGAUCGAUGCCAAUCCACGGCCAUUGCACACCGAAAAACGUUGCACUGAGCUCUUUUCAUUGCUUUAUUACUCUUUUCCUGUGAAAGGCAGAAAUUAUUCUGAAUUAGCUUGUAAAGCCAAGAAUCAUUCAUUGCUUGCGCAAAAACUUGGCAGCCGGACUAAUAGAUUCAACAAACUGCUAAGUGAACGGAGUAAAGAGCCUGUCGGAGUAUCACUUCACUCCAGCCACCUGCCAUUCCGCACACGGCGUAGCGUGGUCAGUCGAAAAAGCGUACAGCUGCAUACCGAAUAUGAACAUAUCACGCCACUCGGCAUUAUUGGCAAAUAUCUGACAAAAACAGUGAAAAUCAUUAAAAACAAGGAUACCCGUAGUUCGUCAGUUUCGCUCUAUUAG